AUGCAUUGAAAGGGCGCCGUGACAAGAGAUUGGCUGGAAUGAUUUGGGUAGUGGAAGGGGUUGGUGUUACAGGCUGAAAGUGUUUGGAAGAAGCAGCGGCGUUUUGAAAACAGUGUUAAGAAGUAUUUUAGAUUAUUUUUUUGUUUUGUGUAUGUUAAUCGUAUCCGUCUAGUUUAUAUAGAUAUACAAACAUUUUGUUAGCGGCUGCAAUUUUAUUUCGUUAAACGGAGUUGUGUUAUUUUGAUUUGAAAUAUAGUAGAAGUACUACUGGUGUAAAUUAUAAAGUGGGCGGAAGUUGUUUUUGUUGUCAUUAUUUUUAAGUACAGCCUAUGCUUGGUAUUGUUUUUGUUUAUUUGUUUUUAACCUGCGAUCAAAAUUUAAAUCCCAGUACUGCAGGUUACGUAAGGUAAUAAAAUGCCGAGAAGUGUACGCAUUAAGACACAGAAAGUAGCGACCGAUUCAUCUCCAGUUAAUUGGGACACAGAUAUUAAUAUUAUUCGAAACCUCGAUGAAGAUUUGGUGAGAGAAGACGAUCCUGUUGAUCGAAGUUCUCGAGCAAUUGCCGAGGCCAGAAGCGCAACACUGCAAAGUUAUGAGACGGGGAACAUUGUGUCACAUAACAAUGUGCGUUCCUCCACCAGCAAAACUAGCAAGAGGUGGCCAGCCAGAGUGUUCUCAAUGAUUUGUUGCAUUGCAAUACUUUCCGUUGUUGCAUUUCUUUUGGCAUUCGUCUAUGCCUUUUUAAAAGAUUUACGUUUGGAGAAAGAAAAAAAUGAAGAUGGUACAGAAAUAAACAUACUGGGAUUUUGGAGUUUGCUGGUUUUGUCCUUGAGUGCUGGGCUGGCCUGUUGCAGUUUUUCCUGGACCUUGACUUACUUUGAUUCAUUUGAACCUGGAAUGUUUCCUCCGACUCCUCUCUCUCCAGCACGCUUUAGGAAGUUAACUGGCCAUUCCUUUCACAUUGGCUACAUCAUGGCAAUGCUAAACGGAAUAAUGGCAGCACUGACAGUAAUUUGGUGUCUUAUUUGAACAUGGUCUGCACCGACUAACCUACCUUCUUUGAAACCAGGAAUCUACAGCAAUCACUUGUCUAGACAUGCUGUAUAAUGCCUGAGUUUGACCUAUGGAAAUGUGCUAUUAAACGCUAUGACAUAAAAACAGACUGUUCUUUUGAUUAGGUUGGAAAAAACAACCAUUGCAUUGUAGCAAUAGUUGUACUAAAAACACUGCACUAAUUUUACUGUCUCUGUGGAUUGUUCUUUUAUUUAUAUAUUAUUCUUGCAGGGAAAACAUCUACUUAAAUAUGGCUACAAGGGAUCAUUACUUAUCUCAACAUUGAUUAUCUCCAGCCUGUGCUUUAACUUACCACUUAAUGAUAACAAAAUAAUGUAUCCAUAACAAGUUAACACCCAAUAGUACUGAAUUCAGAAAUACUAAAAACAAAAGCUUCUUUUAGUGUUUCUAAACAAUAUGAACCUGUGCUAAGCAUUUUCAUUGUAUGUGGGAUUAGAUCAAAUAUAUGUUGCAGAUCAUGAAUUACUUUACUGUAUCUUGAAAAUGAAUUGUUGUUGAAAUGUACACAUGCAGGCAUAUAACGCUUACUAACUGAAGUACACUAAUAUAUACAUACAUUUACACCGUGUUUUUAUUUUUAUUUUUUUUUACAUAGAAUCUUUAACCCUUUGCGGUCCAUU